AUGGGCAUAACAAGUCAUGUAAAGUCAUCAACAGGAAAGAAGAAAUUUCACUGCUUAGUGUGUGGGAAGAGUUUUGCCUACCAGCAUCAUCUGAAAGAGCACCAGCGCAUUCACACUGGAGAGAAACCUUAUUAUUGCUCACUGUGUGGGAAUAGUUUUGCAAGACAGCGCCAUCUCCAAAGACAUCAGCUCAUUCACACAGGAGAGAAGCUGUAUCACUGCUUAUACUGUGAGAAGAGUUUUAGUACCAAUGGUAGUCUCAAAGUACAUGAACGCACUCACACAGGAGAGAAGCCGUAUCACUGCUUACACUGUGAGAAGAGUUUUGCACAACUGAGCCAUCUCCAAGCACACCAGAUCAUUCACACAGGGGAAAAGCCAUAUUGCUGCUUCUACUGUGAAAAGUGUUUUACUACCAAAAGUAGUCUCAAUAUACAUGAACGUACUCACACAGGAGAAAAGCCAUAUCACUGCUUACACUGUGAGAAGUGUUUUACCACGAGUUUUCGUCUCCGAGUACAUGAACGCACUCACAGAGGAGAGAAGCUGUAUUGUUGCUCACACUGUGAGAAGAGUUUUGCACAAGUGAGCAAUCUCAAAACACACCAGAUCAUUCACACAGGGGAAAAGCCAUAUUGCUGCUUACACUGUGAGAAGAGUUUUGCCACCAAUAUUUAUCUCAAAAGACAUGAACGCACUCACACAGGAGAGAAGCCGUACAACUGCUUACUGUGUGGGAAGGGUUUUACUCAAAGCAAUAAUCUUAAAAGACAUCAGAUCAUUCACACCAGAAAAAGCCCAUCUCACUGCUUAUAG